UGAGAUUUGAGUAGUCAUCUGGGUAACGUGCGGAGGGGAAGGCAACGCUUCUCGGUGCUCUCAAGGAUUGUGUUGUACAUAAAAAUCCUUUUCGAAAUAGCUAUUUUUUGAUUAUAUAUGCAGUGGAGGUGAAAUUUUUGAAAGAAGAACUUUUCAUAUUGAUUUUAUGUAAAUUGUCGAUCACCUUCAACUUUAUUUUCCAGACAAAAACCAGACACUUGCCUUGAAAUGAAAUCCGAAUUCCAACAAGAAACUAUACACAAAGAAGUCGUUGUUAUUGGAAAUGGCCCCAGCGGUAUUGCUCUCUCAUAUAUGUUAUCAGGAAAUUUACCUUUUAUCACAUCAACUUCACAUCCUGAUGAAAUGUUGGCCACACGUUUGACCACAGCAGUAAACCAAAGCUUGAUAGACGCAGAUCUGGACUUUUUAUCAACAGGUUUAGAGGGGAGAUCAACGAAUCCGAUUUCUUUGUUGCUAGAUGCUUUACUUCAUCCCUGUGCAGAUGUAGGAAUAAAUAUGGAGCCGCUAGUAGAAUUUAUGAAAAGUGGAAGGGAGAUCGAUCACGUGGUAUUAGGGAAAGGACUUCCCGGUGGUUCCUGGCACAAAAUGGAUCCUCAAAUUCUGACUCUCUCUUUGGGAAGCUGGAUGUCCCUUCCGGGUAUACCGUUUCAAUCCACAGAUUCUGGAGAGAGAAGAGCGUACGCUUCGAGCGUUGCUCAAUAUUACGUGAAAUACGUUGACGAAAUGAAACUGUCUAAAUUUUUCCGGAACAACGUGCUAGUAUCGAUGGUCAGACCAGUUGAAACCUUGAGGAAAAUCGAUAUCGUUAAGGAGGACAGGAACUGGGUACAGAAAAUCGACGCGAACGAUAGAAUGAGUCUGUGCACCACAAUAGGAACUAAAAACAAACCCAAAAAGUGCAUCAUCUCCAAUGCCAUUAAUUACAUCUGGAACAGGAGCGGAAAACGAGACUGCAGCAAAACUUGUAAAAAAGUCCGCAGCCAGCGAACACAUAACGAACACAGCCCCAAUAGAAAAAUUAAAGAAAUACUGUCCGAAAAACACUAUAUGCAGUGCGACCUCGAAUCCUUCGAUUCAAACUCUUCUCUGAGCAGUUCGGAUAGCAACAAUUUAAACCUUGUUGAUCCUAGACGAGAUGGAGAAAUUGUUCCUUCACGUGUUCAUCACGAGAACGAUGUGAAUUGGAUUAUAGAAACACACGAUUUGGAGAGCGGCAAAACUACCAUAUACACUUGCAAAUAUUUAAUUAUGGCUAAUGGCUGCCAUGAUGUCCCAAAUAAACUGAGCAUAAAAGGUGGAGACGAUCAAGACUGGCUGUUGUAUGAUUUACGUGCUCUGGAAUGGUGCCUUGAUAACAAAAUGAACAUGCAAGAUACAAGUAGACCAGAUCCUGUGCUUGUGGUUGGAGCUGGUCUGAGCGCCGCUGAUGCUGUGAUAGCGUUAAGGGGAAGAAAUAUACAUGUUCUUCAUGCGUUCAGAAACAAAAGUGCCGAUUUAAACAGACAACUUCCCGAAAAUAUGUACCCAGAGUAUCAUAAGGUACAUCAAAUGAUGCAAGAUGGAUGUUCAUCUUACCCUUUUUACACAUCUUAUCCAGAAUAUACCUUAACUGGUAUAAAUCAAGUGGAACACACUGUUAUAUUAUCUACUAAAGAAGGAAGAUCUGUAGAAAUCAAAGUUUCUUACGCCAUAGUUCUGAUUGGAUCCAGACCUGACCUAACAUUUUUGCCAAAGAGUUCAGAUCUAACUUGGAAGCAGGCUCUACCAAUAGAUGGUAAAACAAAUGUAGUCAAAACGAACAAAUUUAAUCACAGAGUUGAAGGAUAUAAAAAUCUGUAUGCUGUGGGUACUUUAGCGGGUGAUAACUUUGUCAGAUUCAUUCCUGGAGGUGCUUUAGCAGUUGUGGCUGAUCUUUAUAAAAGGAAUCAACUCGAUGAAACAUGAAGAUCCUUGCUUUUUAUUUACUCACAUGUUAAAUAUUCCAAAGAAUUCGUCAAUUCUAUGUAGAAAAUAGGAUUCAAAAACACAUUUCCUGUGUGUACAGGGUUGAUGACAGGGAGUCAAAUGAUAUUCGGCUUAGCUAUGAAAUGGAUAGUUCUUAGCUAAUUUGAUGUAGCAACUAUUCUGUGAUCAAGAUAACUUGAUGGUCCUUUAGGGAUCUCCGUGAUAUUAUAGUAUUUUUCAAAUGAUUCAAGAGAAUAUAAUGAUAAAGCACUAAUUCAUCUCAUAUCCAAUUUGAAAUACGUACCUAUAUGAAUCAUAUAUAUAUUAUUGCUAAUUAAUUUGCCAACAUUCCAUGAUUGGGUCAUAUUAAAUUCAAAUAUAUUCGCAAGAAGAAUCAUGAAAAUCAAUUGAAAUAAUAUUGAAUAUGUACAUCGGUAAUUCUUCACAUCAAUGUAACAAAAUUUCAAGUGAUCAAGGAAUGUUAUCUAAUGCUCAAUUAUUAUCUACUGCAUUUUCAUGAACAUUUUUAGUAGUUAUACUGUACUCUAUGAAUUUUUUACAAGAGCUGUCUACAUCCCAGUUAUUGAUAAUUUACAUUUUUAGAUGAUAUUUAUUUGCAUUUUAUAUACAUAAUUGUUUGUUUUUUUAGUUUGUUAAUUAGAGGAUGUUUUGUGAUUUUUAUACUUAUAUAGAUAUAACUUGUUGAAAAUUUAAAAUCUGAUAUUUAUUUUGAUAAUAAAAACUCUGAUGAAUCUUUGUUUCCUGA